AAGAAAACCCCAAAUGAAUUUUUUCUCUCAAACUCCAACUCCCACAGUCGCAGCUGUUCUUCAUUUCCGCCCUCGUUCUGAUUCUUCCACUUAAAACCCUCCAACAAAACCACCGUGUUUAGUUGUAUCCCACCUCUAAUCGGCGGCGCCGCUUCCAUUGUCGAUUUUUCGAUUUUCGAUUUGGGGGACUCCCAACUACCUCUCCUUCUCUGCCGCUGUUGUUCUCGGCGUUCACGACAGUGUUAGAGAACAUUAAUCAAGAUCAACUGAGUUUGUAAUUUCCAGCAAGCAACUUUUGUUGUUGAGAAGAAUAUCUUGCUUUCCCUAAUUAUCUGGUGAAAUAUGCAUUUCAUUAAGCAUUUAAGAAAUAUACAUAUAAAGUCCAUAUUCCAAGAAAAACAUGUCCUGUUUCAAGCCCGUUGUCUGCAAACUGACGUAUCCAGCAAGCCUAAGAGGUACAAGUACCCCACGGCCUACGACCCAUAUGGGCCAAGGCCACCACCCUCAGAAAAAGUCACUCAACUAGCUGAACAAAUCAUAACCCUAACUUCUGAAGAACGAGCUCAAAUCGGUCCAGCACUCAGAGAACUACUCAAACAUCCCAAGUUGGAAAAGAUUUCAACAGAAGGCUUAGACUUGGGUGGUGCAGCUGGUGGAGCCACCACCGCGGCAGAGGAGAAGGUGGCAGAAAAAACCGCUUUCGAUGUGAAGUUGGAGAAGUUUGAUGCUACUUCGAAGCUCAAGGUGAUCAAGGAAGUAAGAGCUUUGACCAGUCUAGGACUGAAGGAAGCCAAAGAGCUAGUUGAAAAAGCACCAGUUGUACUUAAACAGGGACUCACAAAAGAAGAGGCAGAAGGUAUGAUUGAGAAGAUUAAGGCUGCUGGUGGAUCUGCAGUAAUGGAGUGAAACAGAACGAAGAAAGAAAGCGAAUUCCAUUAUGUAUGGGUAGAUUUCAGGAGUUUAAACUGUUUUUCAGACUGCAAAGAUCAAUGCUUUUGCAUAUUUUUCAAUGGCACUUUUAUAAUGUUGGUUAGUUGUGUUCUGUAGUUUGGAAUGUGCUUGUAGUUGGGAUUUUCAUGUAACUUCUGAAUCUCAUUGGAAUUUUUUGGUCCAACAAGCAGCGACUUUAUCAAUAAAGAACAAAAAAAUGCCUCACU